AUGUGGUUGUCACUGCUUCUGUUCCUGCACAACGUUGUCAGCGGUGCGCGCGCAACUGUACGCCAAUGCUGCCAGGAGCACGGAGUGUCCGAGACGUGUGCGCGCAUGUUGUGCAAUCCGCAAAAUCCGCCAAACGAUUUUGACGUGUACAAUAUAUUUGAGCGAAAGAUCAACUGCCUGCCAUUUCUGGAUGCGAUAUCCGAAUGCCUGGCUGAUGGUCGCGAUCACAUUCACUGCUGUCUGAGUGAAGCCAAAGACCGUGACGAGAAUGCAUGCUUUGGCAUGUGCCGUGGCGAGGGCACCGACGGAGUGGCUGCCUGGGACAAGUACCAGACCUGCCUGGCCAUCAAUCUACAGCCAAUGUUUCGCUGCUUCGAACGAGGCUAUCUGAACUCACCGACGUCUCCGCAGUCUGUCCACGUUGUGUCCAGGAGUGCAGAUAGUGUUCUUCUCGCGUGGUCACCGCCGGCCAUUAAUUCCGAGCUUGCUGAGUCGUACCAGGUGGUUUGCAAGGAAGCGGACGAUAGUGGCUCCAGCGAGAAGAUUAUCAAUACUCGUGGCUAUAAAGUGGUCUGCAAGGAAGCGGACGAUAGUGGCUCCAGCGAGAAGAUUAUCAAUACUCGUGGCUAUAAAGUAACGCUAACAGGCUUACAUGCCGGCAGCAGAUAUUCAGUGCACGUUAUUGCGGUGACCCGUGACGGACGCCAUCGUUCGCUACCUUCCCAAGCAGUGCACUUCUAUACGUCAGGAGUGGCUCCACGUGCAAAUGCCUAUCGGGAAAGUGUAGCUGUACCAGAGACAGCAUUUUCGGUGACGAUUGCUUGUCGCAUGGAGAUGCCCGGCACCAUCCAUAAAAGUGUCCAUGUUGAGUGGAGGAAAGUACUCCAGCAGACAGGGCGCUACGAGAAACUUACAGGCGAUAAAUACAGCUUUACAAAUUACGUCACUUCUCACGAGUAUCCGCGUCACUACGUCUCCGCACUCCAAAUCAAGUUUCUCAAAGAAUCGGAUUUUGGCACCUAUCGUUGCACAGCAUCUAACGAUUUUGGCAGUUCGAGCGCUGAUAUUCAAGUGCUACAACGUACGUUAACCUCCGCCACACCGGUUCCGCCGGAACCGCCGUACACGUGUUGCCAGCGUCUGGGCAUUCGAUCACCGUGUGUUGCUGUUUGUGGUUCCGAAUUCGGUAAACGAGCCUCGCUACGAGCUGAAUCCUUCAUCAACAGUCGUUGCGAGGACGAAAUUGGCAAAUUUUUGACAUGCACCACGGCUGGCGUUGACGAAGGCGCCUGCUGCUUGCGGAAAAAAGUCCCAGGAAUUUGUCUGCCACUUUGCGACGGCUCCCAGAUGAGUCAGCUGGAUACAAUCCCGCAUGAAUGUGCUACUUACACCUUUUCAAUAUUUCAGUGCCGCAUGGAAAACGCUGAUAGUCGACCUGCUACUGUAUCGGGCCUGAAAGCUAUCCCAAAUUCUGAUGGUUUAUUGUUGCGCUGGGAUUUGACGCCACGUGCUGACGUCUACCACGUGUACUGGAAACGAAGAUUUGGAACGAAGUGGGAAUGGGAAGUAAGUUCCGUGUUGACAGCUAGUAAACGCAUUGCCGGUGCCGAUGAUAUUGAUGAAAUUGUGGUUGUAGCUUCGAACAGUUUUGGUAAUGCUCAUCCAGCGCGCUUGAUACAUCUGGACAACAAAUGGAUUGCCUCAUAUCUUUUCUGA